UAUUCACUACGUUUGUUAUUAAUAAUGUUUUUUUAUCGAAAACGUUUUGUUGUCAACUAAUGUUAAAAAAUUUCACUUCUGCAAAUAUUUCAAAUAAACUUUGUUACAUCAACUUAUUAAACAGAAGGAUGGUGCACAAAGUAUUUGUUUAUGGAACACUAAAGAAUAAUGAACCAAAUCACAACUGGCUGACAGAUCCUGAGAAUGGAGUAGGGUGUUUCAUAAGUGAGGGUACAACAAAACAAAAGUAUCCUUUAAUAAUAGCUACAAAAUAUAACAUUCCUUUUUUAUUGUUCAAUCCUGGACAAGGCCAUCAUGUCAGAGGUGAAAUUUAUGAAGUGGAUGAUAAAAUGCUCAGUAAACUAGAUAUUUUGGAAGACCAUCCAAACUUUUAUGUCAGAGAAGUUGAUGUAAUUAUUACAAAAAAUAGUGAUGGACAAAAUGGUGAGGAGAAAUGUUGGGUUUAUUUUUUGAAGCAGUUCCGACCUGAACUGAUGAAGUUUGAGCAAUUCGAAAACUACUCAAGUGCAGGUUCCCAUGGACUUACGUAUAUGGAAAGGUCAAAACGUGAUUCUAAUUAUAAUUAUAAAUCAGAAGUUCAUAGUGGAUAUAACUAAUGCAAUGCAAACAAACUAAAAACAAUAACGAAUCAACUUUAGAUGAUCUUGACGACUUUUUGGAAUCAUCAAAGGAGCAAUAAGUCACUC